AUGUUGUGUGAUAAUAUGGAGGAGGACUGCGAUUUAGCUGAAGAUUUCGACUGUUCGAGCCUGCUGUGUGAGGAACUGGAAGAUUUGGAUACAAAGGACUCUACAGAGAAGACGAGCAAGAGGAGGGAAGAAGAUGAUGAGAAAUUGUUAAGUCAGAGGGAUAAUGAAGAGAAAGGAGAGGAAACGAAGCAUGAAGAGAGGAACGAGGGGGAGGACAUUGAGGAAAAUAAAGUUGUUGUGUCAGAAAAUGAGCUGAUGGAGAAGGAGGAAGCAAUGCACGUGAAGCCUGAGAGUAGGCAGGAGGAGGAGGAGGAAGCACAGGAUGUUCAGAUGGAAGAUAAAGAUGCCAAGACUGUCAACAAAACAGUUUCUGGUAAGCGAGAAAGUAAAUGUAAGAAGGUUAUAGAAAAGAAACCUGAGCCAAAAAAGAGCAGGAGGAGACGAGGCAGGAAGCAAAGUGAGCAUGUGAGAACUAGGAAAGGAGAAAAGGAGGUUAUCAAUCAGAAGUUGGAGGAGGAGAAGAAAAGUCAGAUGCAAGAAAUCUCAGUGAUGAGCUUGGAGGGGAACUCGGCUCAGACUGAGCCCUCUGUUGGCCUGGUGAACAACUGUGAGCUGUCUGAUCCUGUUUUUCUGGGUAUUGGGGCGACUGGGCUCUAUUGCCCCCCGAUUCCUGUUCCAGUCCUGUUCUCACCCCAGCCACCAGUCUCCAUCCAGUCUGCAGAACUUCAUUCCCACGGGACUAAAAGACUGCACAGCCCCUCUCAGUCGCACAGUCUCCCCCAGCAGCACUACCAGACUCUUCAGAUGGAGAUGACUCAAGUGGAAUCCACUCGACGAUCUGUCCGACAUGGCAACAGGGGCCGAGGUCGGUUGCUCAGCUUUGCUUUGGCACAAGGGUCUGAGAAGGUGGACGGCUGCCCCCUACAACCUGCCCCAAGGAAAAAGACACGGACUCUCUACAGCACAGACCAGCUGGGACGUUUAGAGGCCAUGUUCCAGGAGGAUCACUAUCCUGAUGCAGAGAAGAGGAAAAUUAUUGCUGCGUCAGUUGGGGUCACUCCUCAGAGAAUUAUGGUUUGGUUUCAGAACCGCAGGGCAAAGUGGAGAAAAGGGAAUUCAAUUACAGCAAAGGCUGAACCGGCACUGAGUAGAGCUGAAUACAGUUUGAAUAGUCCAAAUCAUAAAAUCGAUUCCCAAUUAACCAUGCUGACAACCACCAGGAAAGGAGUGCCUCCUUUUUCUGGUCACCUUACUGCUUCACUGCCACAGAUUGUCACUGCAGCUGCUUUUCCCACCAUGUCCACGCAGACCACACCCUCCUAUAGUAAGCUAGUGGACAGCAUUAACAGCCCAGGUCAGGUUAGAAGAAGAGAAACAAGAAAUUUUCCAGAGUAUCAUCACCCACGUCCCAUGCAGAGUCCCCCCCCUCUGAGACGAGCCAGCCUUCCUCUGUUUCCUGCUAUGUUUAACUCUGUAAGCCCCAAUCCUUCUCUCCUCAACACCCCUGCCCAAACCCCACCUCUCUUCCUUGAUGCUCUGGAUGGCGAUGCCUCUUUAGCCCAUUAUGACGCCCACUCUCAACAAAAUGACACCAGCUUGCUCUAUGAAUUUGCGGAGAAGCUGAGCCAGCAGAGUGGCUCCAUGUCGUAUCAGCUUCAAAGCUCCUUUUCUACCAGCCAGCAUCAGCCUCAAACAUCUGUAUCCCACAUGGCCUACCUUACUCCAUCGCCCUACCUUACACCCAACCCUCCAGAUUCCAAUCCUGCCUCCUACCUGACCUUUGGACCAGGGGGAAGCUCAGCUGGACUUGUUACAUAUUCUACAGGUGGUAACACCUACCUUCAGCCCCAGAGCACCGGACAGAUCCUGCUACAGACAGCUGGUCGCCAUGGUGGGAUGACAUAUCAGUCAUAUCCAUGGAGUAAUAUGUACAAUCAGCCAGCCAUCCACCAGCAUAACCUAUGCCCUCCCACAUACUCAGCCUGCUUUGGAUCUGUUCAAGACCGUCAGAUCGCCUCUACCUCCAGCCUGCCUCUACAUUCUGUAUUCCAGGUUGGCGAGCAUAACCCAUCACUUCCUACCUCACAGCAGGCCGCGGAGGUCCAGCUACAGUCUGCCACCACUACCACCACCACCACCUCUAUCCUCCCACCUGUGUCAACUCUGCCACCCUCCUGUACUGAGGGUCCAUCACUGCUUCCCUCUCAGGUCAGAUCCACGUCUCCUGAAAGCCCUCCAGCACCCUCUUGUGUCAAAUUGGAGUAUGACAGCCCUCGAGAGAUUCACAGCCACUUCCAGUGUGAUUUCUCCCCAAUACAUUUCUGAAUCCCAGGUUUGAGUUUAAUUUGUGUUUGAAGUGUGUGUGUAAAUAAUUUUUUGUUUCUUUGUAUUACUGAUAGAGACUUCUAACUGGGAAAGUUGUUAUCUCCAGGCUCCAUUUGGGCUGCAUAAAGCUAAGCUUUAAUAAAUACAAAUGGUGAGGUUCAUUUUUUUACA